UUGGCCAAAUAUUUUUAAACAACAGAUCCCAUGAUUGCUUAAGUAUCAGGAUAGACAGUCCAUUAAAUAAAGUACAAGAUCAUUCAGUAGUUUUUAUUAAAUAGCUUUUCUUCCUCUUAUACAAGGUAGGGUAUGCCAAGGUAUCAAAAUAACAUGUGUGAGUGUAAUUAAAACUGUGGAAUAUCAACUGUACUAUGGAUGUGUUUGUAAAAAGUAUCAUUUAGAUGUCAUUUUAAAUAUUUACAUUUUAGCAAGUCUUCUAAAAAGGACUUUUAUGUCAUUUCAACGUGAAAAUCAUUUGUCAGGCUUCCUGGCAAAUAAUGUGUUUCAACUGUGAAGUUAUAAUGUACAUACUUGUAAAUUUAUACAUAUUAUAUAUAUGCUUAUUUCCUUCAUUUUAAAGGCACAUUGUACAGUCUGUAGUACUGUUAAAUGGUAGAAAUACUUCUUUUUAUAGGCGGUCAUAUCACAGAUGUUACAGGGUUUUUUGGUUUGUUUGGUUUGGUUUUUUAAAAUAUUUUGAAUAUUGCAUGAGUGAAUAAUUCCAUAUCUUUUUUAUUCACUUCUGCAUUUUAUUUUUGGUUGGGGCGGGGCAGGGGGACGCUUUUAGUUUUGUGGCAUUUGUAUUCAUCACUCUUUCAAUCAUGUAAGUUAAAAUAAAAAUUAUUUUUGAAUUACCAGUCUCAUGUACAGAGUCUGCUGUAUUUUUUCAUAUGCCUUUCUUGAGUUGGUAUUUAUACAACACACUAUAGCUCAUUCUUGACUUGAGUUUAUUCUUAUCUUGAAAUGUCUUUAUCUAUAGAUAGGGAUAAUAUUUACUUCUCAAAUUUGAUGUAAAGCUAAUUGGAGGGGAAAAAAGAGCUGUAUUUUGGAGUUGUGAUAUCUAUGAGCAGACUGUUAGCUCCUUGAGGGAAAAAAGAGUCCUCAUUGAUUUUUGAGUGUGCUACCAGCCAAAUUCUGCCAGCAUCAUCACACAGGAGCCCCAAAACUUUGAAAGUAUUUACUGAGUAACUCACUAAAAUACCAGUGGUUGCUUUUACUGAAUCAGCAGUAAAAAACCAAUUUCCCCUAUAAGGUUUGUUGCUAUACUGUUUAACAGAACUGCCUUAGUUAUUUCACAAAAUUGUAAAGCAAAAUUGUAAACCUAAAUUCAGCAGAAAACACCAGCAUUUCUUAUUAUAUCAGAAAAACUACUCAAAAAGGAAAAAAAAAAAUCUUUUUAUUCCAGACAUUAUGCUGGAGACAGUAGCUCUUACUAAAUAAAUAUUACCUUUUUUGAUUCUGAGAAAGUUGUAAGUACACUUUAUGCAGAGAACAAUAGUUAUUUGCUAAAAACCCAGCUCUCUAUCUUUUCAUUUAUUCAACAAGUAUUUACUGCAUACUUACCAUGAACAAGGUAAGUGGCAGGGACUGUUCUUGGCACUAGAGAUUCGGCAGUGAAGAAAAAACAAACAAAAGAGAGUUAAAAAAAAAAAAAUUCCAUGCCUUCAUGAAGCCCAUAUCCUGGCAAGAGGUUGCAUGGGUGUGUGGGCGGGGGGUGGGUGGAGGACAGUAAGGCAGAGAAGUGGAAGAAUGAUUGCCCAGGUUAGGAAGGGUGGUAAAGGCAGAGAUCACAGGUUUAAAGAGAAUGGUCGGGGAGGCCUCACUGGGUCCGGGGAGACCUCACUGGGUUGGGAAAGGCCUUUCUGGGUCAGAGAAAUUUACCUUUGAGGACUGACUGGAGGAACUAAUGGAAUAAACCAUAUGGCUAUCUGUGGGAAGAGCAUUCUAGGCAGAGGGAACAAUAAGUGCAAAGGCCCUGAGGAAGGUCCAUGCUUGGUGGUCUAGAUUUCCUAGUAACCAACCACAUUUUACAUAGUAAAAAGGAUAAAAACCCAUUGCUGUCGAGUUGAUUCUGACUCAUAGCAACCCUAUAGGACAGAGUAGAACUGCCCCCAUAGGCUGGUGGAUUCAAACUGCUGACCUUUAGGUUGGCAGCCGAGCUCUUAACCACUGUGCCACUUGGGCUCCAGUAAAAAGAAUAGGAGAAGUUAAUUUUAAUAAUAUAUUUUGUUUAACCAAAUAUAGCCAAAACAUCAUUUCAACAUGUAAUCAAUAUAAAAAUUAUUGAGAUAUUUUACAUUCUUUUUUCCAUACUAAGUCUUUGAAAUUCAGUGUGUGUUUUACAUUUAUAGCACAUCUCAAUUCACACUAGUUACAUUUCAAUAGCCACAUAUGGCAAGUGGUUACAGUAUUGGACAACACAGGUCUACAUUUCCCUAAUUAUCCCAGUAACAUCCUUUAUAAUAUAGGCACAAACGUGCACAUGCACGCACGCACAUACGUAUAUACACAAGAUCCAACCAAGAAUUACAUGUUGAAUUUAGAUGUCUUGUCAAUCUAGAACAGUAACCCCUCCCCCCCUUUUUCUUUAACUUCCAUGGCAUUAAUAUAUUUGAAGAGUACUGGCAGAUUUUUGUAGAAUGUCUGGCAUUUGGGAUGUAUUUUGGAAGUAGAGCCAAUGGAAUUUCCUGAUAGAUUGGAUGUGGGAUGUAAGAAAAAGACAGAAGUCCAGGAUGAAUCCACAAUUUUUAACCUGAGCAACCAGAGGGGUGGCGUGCCAUCUCCCAAGACAGAGAAAACUGAGAAGCAAUAGGUUUAGGAAAGGUCAGUAAUUCCGUAUUGGAUAUGUUCUAUUUGAGAAGCCUCUUAGACAUCCAAAUAAAGACAUCAGUUGGAGACUGAACAUGAAUCUGGAGUUCAGACCAUUGUGAUCCAUAGGGUUUUACUGUCUAAUUUUCAGAAGUAGUCAGGCCUUUCUUCCUAGUCAGUCUUAGUCUGGAAACUCCACUGAAAACUGUUCAGCAUCAUAGCAACACACAAGCCUCCACUGAUGGAUGGUGGCUGUGCAUGAGGUGCAUUGACCGGGAAUUGAACCUGGGUCUCCCACAUGGAAGGCAAGAAUCCUACCACUGAGCCACCAAUGCCAUUCUACAGUGUUGCUAGGGACGCAUUCCAGAGUUCUUGACUAUGAACUCAUGUUACUGCCAGUGGUAUAGCUGAAGCACCAUUGGCCUUUUUACACAAUGGCUAAGAGCCAUGGUUUUUGUAAGCGAUUUUGGAUUCAGAUUUAUCAAUAUUUUGUGAGACUAUAUCAGGGCUUCCAGAAAUUCUGGACAGUCAACGUUAAGGGGUUUUUUGUUACAAAGAAGGAAGAAGAACAUAUAUCUUCAGCUGAGAGUAUUUUUCACAAAGAAAAAAUUUUGGUACUAGGUCAUAUGUUGAGGAAUAAAUCUCUAGCCAUUGAGAAGAGAGCUCAAGCUGCCUAUAGAGUUGGAAUGUUGUCCUUCACAGGAGGACCAAAUGCUGGGCAAUUUGCAGCUGAGUACAUGAAAGAAGUAUAUGACUUGUUGAAAAAUCAUGAGAUGGUGCCAAAAGUAAAGAUCCUGCUGCUCCAAAGUGUAGCAUGCUGGUGUUACUUAAACCCUGUCAGCCAGAGAAGAGCCAAACAUCUAAAUUUUAUCCCUCUUCUCGUUAGGUUUAUUGAGAAAAGAUGUGAGUCUUCUAUCAAAAGUGAAAUAAACAGCCACCUCCUCAUUAAAUGUUGGACUUGCUAUGUUCUGUCUGUCAUGACCUGCAAUAACUUGUCUUGCAUGAAGGCACUUAGAGACUACAGCUCUGUCAAAUAUCAACUGGAAAUACUGGCUACUGAAGAUUGGUCUGGAUGGCCUGAGAAUUUUGCAGAGGUGCUGUAUUUCCUAGUUGGUUUUCACAGGAAUUAAUUUCUCUAAACUCAUUGACAUGAUGCAGUUGUCUGCACCAUUGUUCCAUCCUGGAAAAAAUGAAAUAAAUAAUAAAAAUUGAUGUAUUAUUCAUCAGUGUUUUCUUUUAGGUAGUUGAAGACCUCUUUAUAAAUUUGCAUACAAUUACUAUAAUGACCAAACUUCUGAAAAGCAUUGCUGUUUAAAACGAUCUCAUAAAAAUUGUUUGUAAGAUGCGAAUUCAUUGGAAGAUACAUUACCUAUAUAAUAUGUUAGGAGUGAUGGUGAAUUUGGGGGGUUAUUAGAUGACAUUAUAGAGCUCUGGUGGCAUAGUGGUUAAGAACUCAGGCUGCUAACCAAAAGGUCAGCCCUUCGAAUCCACCAGCCGUUCCCUGGAAACCCUAUGGGCCAGUUCUCCUCUGUCCUAUAGGGUCACUAUGAGUCAGAAUCAACUCUAUGGCAACAGGUUUGUUUUUUUUGGUUUUAGAUGACAUUAAGCCAAGAU